AUGCUGUUCUUUGCUCUAUUGUCUUUUUAUUUCCUACUGGCAAUAACGAAUGGUUCACAACUGUCACAUCUGCAACAGCUUUUAAAUGCUAGUAAUAUUCAAGUACCGAAGUUGGAUCUCACAUCGAGUCGCAACCAGGCUCUGGAAUUGUUGGGAGACUUCCAAGAUUUAACUUUCUACAAGUAUACAGGCCAAGAGAAUUUUACAAGUCCAUUAAACUCAUCGACCGAUUCCCAUGGACUCAUAUACUAUUCAAAUGACACAUUUCUCCAGUUGGCCAACGGAUCUAAUGAUACAGAUAUUAAACAAAUAGUACCGCUAGGAGAAGAUUCAUUCAUACUCAGCGGUUCAGGACAUAUUGAUGGCUAUAACUUACAGAGACAAUUGCAUUACAAUUUAACUGAUCUAUCUUUUAAACCAAUUUUCCAGGAAGGUUUAACUGAAGUAAAUUCUAUACUGGUAGAUCAGCCGCUGGUAUAUUUUGGCGGUAAUUUCACUUUCUCCAAUGGUUCACAAACUGGACACAGUGUUGUACUUUGGAAUUCAGAAAAGAAUUCCACGUCUCUACUACCAUUUAUUGGCUUUGGUCAAAAUUCUACAGUGAAUUCAAUAAUCCGGUUGGAUAGGGAUAACAUCCUUUUCGCCGGUAACUUUUAUGAAUUGGAUGAUGUUAAACUGUUAGAAAACCAUAUUUUAGGUUCUAACAAUAGUUCAAGUAAGAGUAAUUGGACUGACGUAGAAUUGGGGUUGGCUAUCCCAUUGCAGAAUGCCAAUUGGACUUCUAGUAGUAGUCAAUUUGACGCUGAUGAUUUUAUUUGUCCUGAUCCUGAGAGAGAAUCGUGGCUACAAUCAGGCACUUCAGGUUCUUUAGCUUGUAGUUUACCACAGGAGACUACACCAUACAAAAUACGAAUUUACAAUUCUCCUGUAGAGGAUAAUGAGGUCUCUUUAUUCCGAAUUUUAGCGGAACCCACAAAGGGUAUCUUGAACUUAAGUUAUGUGGAUCCAGAAGAAGGAGAGUUAAGAUAUUGUGAUGCAUUUUGCCCGCUCUACAAUCGACAAAGGUUGGAGGAAGCAAGUUCUAAUUCAUCAUCUGUGGAAAAUAUGACGACUUUUUCGGAUAAUAAUACUACCGAUAUCAAAUGGGGUCGAGACUUCCAAGAAUUUGCUUUCGUUAAUAACGUGCCCAUUUCAUCUGUGGAAUUUGUGGCACUGAGUUCCUAUGGUAGUAACGUGGGUCUUUCUUCAUGGCAAUUUUUCCAAAGUCGUGCAUCUAUUUAUGCCAACAAUUCUCUGAACCAACCCGCAUGUGGAAAGAUGCAAUCUUAUUCGAAUGCUACUAUUUCUAACAAUGACUGGAGACAGGGUCUCAAUGGACAGACAUAUUUGUCUACUAGUUAUGUCGAAGAUCAGGGAAACAUUCCUAGAGUAACUUUCCACCCACAAAUUCAAUAUCCUGGUAAUUAUUCGAUAAAAUUGUAUACACCAGGAUGUCUUGGAGAUGGAACGUGCAACCAAAGAGCUAUUGUUAAUGUAACUCUUUGGGAUGGCGACUCAAACGAACCAUUGUCCUCAGAGGUGAUCUAUGAAAACAAUAAUGAAUUGAAGUAUGAUGAGCUUUGGGAUGGUCAUUUAAAAUCAUCUCCAAAAGUAACUCUAGAAUAUCACUCACCAAUUUAUCCCAAUAAUCCAACAUCUGUGGUGGUUGCAGAUUACAUCAGUUUAGAAGCAAAAUCCUUUGAUCACUUUGAGAAGCAUAAAAAGGACAUUACUCUGAAUGGGAUAUUCCAAUAUCAAAUUUCAAAUUUCACUAAAAAUAUUACAAAGGAAUCUAUUGGGAAUACAUCGUUAGAUGUAUUUCCACUUUCGUAUUUCUCUAAUAAUUCAUCUCUGUUUGCAUCACUAUAUGAAAAUGAUACCUUGUUGUUAGCAGAUUCUAAAUCCAAGGCUGCAGAGAUAAAGUUAGAUAAAAAUUGGAGCGUUGACUCUUCCAAGAGCUUCAAUUUAGCAUCCCAGGUACGUGGGAUUGGUUCUUACUCGGAUGGGUUGAUAUUGUUCGGCGACUAUAAUUCAUCUCAAAGGCAACCACUGGCACUUUCCUUCAACGGGUCCUUCAACUCUUAUGAUAAAAUCAAUAGAAGUGUUGAAAGAUUUACCAACAUUGAUUUGAAGGGCACAGAACUUUUGGUUUUUGAUAAUGAGUUUUUUUAUAAUGUGUCGUCUCAAAGUUACGUCUCCAAUACUACGAGAUUUUCUCUUUCCGUAUGGUCUGCAGGUCAAAAUACCAAUGGAGAUUUAAUCUUUUCUGGUGCCGUUUCAGAUAAUGACUACGAAAAUUUACAGGGACCUGUCAGUCUCUUCCAAAAUGGUUCAGCUGUUUCCUCCAAUAUAAAGGACAACAUUAACCCGUAUAUGGGCGCCUAUUUGAAUGAUACUCUUACCGCCUAUGCUUAUAAAGAUGGAUCUGAUUCACGCAUAGUGUUUAGCAAUGGGGAUGAAGGACCUUGGAGAUGGACCAAUUCCAUAGAAACAAUGAUUUAUCGCAAUAGAGAUGCGUUACUAGCCCUUGGGACUUCUUCAUCGCCUUCAUUACCACAGUUAUCUGUGUUGAAUUUAACGACCUCCGAAGUUUUGGCAAAUGAGACUUUAGAUAAAGGAGCUGAAGUGAACAGUAUGAUCCUCUUUGGUAAGAACUCUACUUUACUUAUAGGGGGGAAUUUCAGUUUUUCAGAUGCUCACUGUAAUGGAUUGUGUCUUUACAAUUACAAGAACAAGAGAUGGUCAACUUUUGCCAACGAUAGCAUUACUGGUCAGGUCACUCAGGUUCAACUACGUAACUCUUCCGAGUUAUUGAUUGCUGGUUCCUUGCGAGUGAAUGGCACUUCAGAUGUGAAUUUAGUCUCUGUGAAUAUUACAGGUCAAGGGAUGAAAACUUUGCUUAGAGGUUGGGAAGGUCCAUUGAGAUCUUUCGUUGUCAGUGAAGAUAGAUUGGUAGUAUGGAAUGAUACUAGUUUGAUGGCUUAUGACAAUACCUCUUGGAGACAUAUUUCGACUUCGAACUCAACUUCCUUUACUAAAUUGCAAGACAUUCACCAAGUGUCAUUGGAGCAUUCACUUGAAAAAAGGGCUAAUUCUUCAUCAAAUUCAAAUUUAGAUGGGUUGUUGGUUUAUGGAAAUGAUAAAACUCAAGGUGAUUCGUAUCAGGCAUCAAUUUACGAUUAUUACAGUUGGACACCAUUAUUCAUUGCCAAUUCCAAAUCGGAAAACUCAAAUUCAGGACCUAAUAUUUUCAUGAAUCAAGAUGUUUCUGAUUUUUUUAUAUCCGAACAAAUGUUACCAAAUCCAACAAAUCAUACGUCUUCCAGAUCAAGCUCUUCAUCAAGUUCUGCGGUAACGUCUAAUUCUGGUGAUAAAAAGCAUCGAGCUAGCCAUAAAGUCGAUCGAGGUUACGUGGUUUUGAUUGGGUUGGCAUUAGCUAUAGGUACGGUUGUCGUAAUUGGUGUAUUCGGUAUUUUGAUAGCCUACAUGUUUGGUGAGGAUAUCGGAGGAUACGAGUUUUUAAGUCCACCCGCUGAGGGCACUAAGGCGGCUGAGACUGCACCACCGGCAAAAUCAUCGAAGUUCCUUUAG